AGGUCAUAGCCAAGAAAGGACAUGACAUGUAAUUUAUUGUUGAGCACGUACAUCAUGCUUGAAAUUAUGCACUUCCUUUCUCGAGCAAAAGAGCAAGGUAGGGAAAUCUUGUCAAUCUGAAAUUUCGGGAUACACCAAAGAAUCACUAGAUGAUUAUUUAAAAACAAAAUAGGUUUUAAGAAUCACAAGAUGAUUAUUAAAAAAAAAAAAAACGUUCUGGGCUCUCUAAUACUCAAACCUAAGAAACAAAAUAGGUUUUGGCUUCCCUAAUACUUAAACCUGACCAUCUAAAAACCGGACGACCUUCAUCCAAGCUUAUGGCAUCAUAUUUUUAAGACACAUAUUGUAUAUAAUUUUUUCUUUUUAAAUUUCUCUUGGUUGAUAAAAUUUGGGUUCAUUAAUGAAAUCCAUUGUUGGAUUUGUGCAAACAAUUCUUUCAUUUUAUUAUCUAUUUUUAAGGCUCAAAAUCCUUUUUUCUUUUUUCCACAACCAUAUUGGUCAAGACUGAGAUGAUGGAAUUGAAGGCUUUUUGAUGCCCAAACUAUUAACUUUCAGCAAGUUUUGAGGUGAGGCUUUACUCAUUUGGAUAGGGUUGCGGCCCUAUCAAAAUAUUUUCCUAUAUUUAUCACAAAGGAAAAAUGUCACAGCAGGGACAUGCGCAGCAUACUGUAGUGCCUGGCAGAUCAUGGACCAACCUGAACCUUUCUCACGUGCCAAUACUUAGCUUAGCCCCGACAAAAAGCAAGGCAAAGCCAGUCCAUCCCCAAAGUGCCAGACGUACGUGUGAUCCCAUCAUUCCAUAGCCGACCUUACCCAAUACUUAAAAAAGACCAAAAAGCCCACCCUCCUUCCGUGGAAAAGGUAUCAAAGAAUAACGUGAUCCGUUCCAUCCACCCUUUUAAGUUUAUAUACCUAAAAAAGGAUUAAAAAAAUCCACCAAAGUAUAUAAAUAUGAUAGCCAUUGCCACCAUCCCCAUUCCCAUUCCCAUUCCCCCUCUAUCUCCCCAGAGCAAAUUGUAGCUUCUCCAUGUAUAUAUAGCCACCACCACCUACCCCAUCCCUCGACUCUCUCUCUAAAACAACAGUCUAAUGGAUGAUCAAUUUGAGCUGAAGCUUCUCCCUCCGUUUCGUUAGCCACCACCAUCUUCCCAUCCCUACAACCUAUCUGUGAAAACCACCAGUCACGUGGAUGAUCAUAUCGAAAUGCAGCCGCCACUCCCUUCAUUCUUAUAGCUGCCAGCCACCACCACCUCGCCAGCCCCCUAGCCCCCAAUAGAUAUCACCACCUUCACCAUCUCUCAUCUCCACCCACCACUUUUGAAAAUCACCACUCUAAUGGAUCACAGAGAAUUGCAGCUUCUCCCUGGAGACACACCAACUUGCUGGAAAUCCAAUUCUCCAGCAGAGGUCUGUGGCAAUUCUAUGGAAUUUUCAAGCAAUGGAACGCCUGACCUUCAACUCUCCAUUGGCCUCCAAACCACGGGGCCCAUAUUUUCUGGCAGCCCCUCUCCAUUUUCCAGUAAUGAGUUUGGGAAUCUCAGGCGAAGUGGUGGUUCGGAGGCCGAGGCAGUGAGGAGGCAGGCUGAGGAGCAAAGAAGGCUUGCAUCUGCUGAGAGAGCAUAUGCUGAGAGAGCUAGAGAGAUGGCAAGGAGAGAGAUUCAGAUCGCAGAGAGAGAGUUUACAAGAGCUAGAAAGAUGAGAGAGAAAGCCCAUGAAGAGAUAGAGAUGGCGCAAAGGAUGAGAGAGCAGGCCACAAGAAGGGUUGAUUCCUCCUGCAUGGAGAUCACCUGCCAUGCAUGUCGGCAGCAAUUCCGCCUUUGAGGAGCUGUCAACUCCCAAAAUUCUCUCUUUCCCCCCUCCCCCUUCUCUCUCUCUCUCUAUAUAUAUAUAUAU